AUGACAACUGGUCAAAAGCAUUCAUCUGAUAAUACACUUACUGAGCAAGAAGCUAUCAGAUGUACAGAGAAAAUAGCCCGGAUAUUUGAGUUAUAUGAGCAAAAUUCAAAGGUGUAUAAUAUGCUUUUUGGGGAAAUUGGGGUGUUAGCAAAAAAGCUAGAUAAUUAUCAUUCUGAGUAUAUCAGCUUAAAAAAGAUGGUAAAAAGACUGGAAAGAGAUGUAAAGUCUCUAGAGACUGAAUUAGAAGAUUUAGAUGACUGUGUGGAUAAGGACACU